CAGUCCGUCAGUCAGUAAAAAGACAGACAGCUAGAUAUAACUGUCAGGAGUGAUUGGAAAGUUGAUUGAGGUUAGGCUUACGUUGUCCUUUUUGCACAUCGUAAUUGUGAAAAAUAGUUGUUUUAUAAUCGUGGUUACGAGUUUCUUAAAAAAUACGGCCGAUUUAUUGUUUGUGUUACGGAAUAAUUUGGGUCAUCAUAAUAAAAACGAUGCACCGGUGCUAAUCAACCUGCGGUUGCAACUUUAUUAUUUUAAAAAUAUAGCCUAUUUCCUACAAUUUCAAAAUGGGAGCUCAUGUAUCAAGAAAUGAUUUUGAAUGGACCUACACAGAAGAACCUCAUGCUAGCAGAAGAAAGGAAAUUUUAGAAAAAUAUCCUCAAAUAAAGAAGCUGUUUGGUCACGAUCCAAACUUCAAAUGGAUAGUACUUCUGAUGGUGCUAGUACAAUUUACUAUGUUUUACAUAAUGAAAAAUCAAUCAUGGACUAUGAUAUUUUUAGUAGCCUAUUGCUUUGGAGGUGUUAUCAACCAUUCAUUAAUGCUCGCUAUCCACGAAAUAGCGCACAAUUUGGCAUUUGGACAUACAAGACCUAUGGCCAAUAGAUUGUUGGGAAUGUUUGCUAACCUGCCAAUAGGACUGCCAUUUUCAAUAACUUUUAAAGGAUAUCACCUUGAACAUCACAAGUAUCAAGGAGAUGAGGUGCUGGACACAGAUAUCCCAACUUAUGUAGAAGCCAAAUUAUUUUGUACGACAUUUGGAAAGUUUGUGUGGGUAUUGCUGCAGCCACUAUUCUAUGCAUUUAGACCUGUGUUUACAUACCCGAAACCUCCUACUCUUCUGGAGGUUGUUAAUGUUAUCAUACAGCUCUCUUUCAAUGGACUUGUUUGCUACACACUCGGCGUGAAGGUCUUGGUUUACAUGUUAGCUGGAUCACUGAUGGCCAUGGGUCUACAUCCUGUAGCUGGACACUUCAUAUCCGAACAUUACAUGUUCCGCAAGGGCUUCGAGACCUACUCCUACUACGGUUGUUUGAACAAGAUCACUUUCAAUGUUGGAUAUCAUAAUGAACAUCACGACUUCCCAUUUGUUCCCGGCUCCAGACUGCCAGAAGUGAAGAGAAUAGCUGCAGAAUAUUAUGAUAAUCUCCCUCAACACCAUUCUUGGGUGGCUGUUUUGUACGACUUCAUCAUGGAUCCAGAAAUUGGGCCUUACGCAAGAAUAAAACGUAAACACAGAGGCCUUUCUACUUGAAAUUGUGUUUUACUUACAUCAAAAUUACUAGUCUUAUAAAAUGUAAUCACUAAAAAAUUCAUAGUUUUAAAAUGUGUAUAAAUUAUUGUUAUUGCUUAGUUUAUUAGUUGUAUUUUAUUUAUUUUUUGAGUAACUAUAAAAAAUAUGAAUUUAAAUGUAAUGAAAAAUUAAUGCCUUUAUUAUGAUUUUGCUGAAUAAUGAAUAACGCAUUUGAUCAAUAAUAUAUUUAAUUCUUUGCUUAUUUUUUAGAUAUAAUUUUAAGUGAUUUUCAAGCAAUGGCUUCGUGAGUACAGGGUCGGUUUUAAAUAUUUAUACCCAUUGGACUAAAAACAUUUGUAGCUCUCUCCGCCCCGCCCCCUUCCUGUUUCAUUAAUUUAGUUAACUCAAUCUUGCUUAAAUUUGCGAUAUUUAUUUUUACUUUUUUAUUUGUAUAUAAUUAAUAUAAAAAUUUAAAGUACCAUAAUUUCUUAAAAAAUUGUGUCAUUAUUCGUUUGGUUUAUCAUCAACCCUACACAUUAUCACAAGCACAAAAAAUACUGACAGUGUAUUUGUAAAGAUAAUCUUUAUUAUAUUACAGUGAAAAGCAAUACACUUUCUAUUCUGAACAUUAUUUUAUAUUAAUAUGAACAUUAUACAAUUAAAGAAAAUAGAAUUUUAUAAUAUGAAGUUUUUAGUACUUUAGCUACAAAACUGCUUAUGUCUUUAGCAAAUUAAUGCACAUAACAGGAUAAAUUAUUGAAAUAGAAUACUACUAGAGCUACUACUGUUCAUUACGUUUUGCUUAGAUAAAGUUGCGUUUUCCAAAAAAUAGAAAAAUGGUUACUGGAGAUGAAACAAUAAUGUGGCUGACGGACUUCAUGUAACUUGUAGCUUGAAUGCCAAUCUGACUUGAGUUGUAAACAAUAUAAACCGAUCUCUAGUUAUUCAUGCAAUUCUUUUAAAUAGAGUUGAGAAUGACAAGGCUGUGGCCAAUGAGGAGCUCAAAACGUUCAACGAACUUACAGUUACAAUACACACUGGCACCAACCAUCACCCCUUGUCAUGUAGAGAAACAUAUAAUUAUUCAUUGGUUCUUUUGAGAUCAUUUCUACACAUAGUUUACCUUCAUGUUACAUUAGUACAAUUGUACUUUAAAAGUACAAUGUUCUCUCUGCAACUUGUAAACAUGUUUCCAGGCUACCGUUUCUAUGCAAAUUAUAUUUAUUUUUUCCCAAAGGUCAACUGCCUUUAAAAAUUUACCGCACUGAUCUCAGGUCCUUGUUUAACCGGCCCUGACUGCAAGCUAUCUGUGUAUUAAUGUAAAUUAUUUAAACACAGAAUUGUUAGAUACAUUUGCAUUAUUAACACAAUGCAUGUAUUAUUUGUUUAAGUGACAAAUCUACCAAUAAUGACAACCCUUAUAAGACAGUGUAAAAUACUCAUUUAGUAUAAAGGCUCUGAUUUAAAAUGAACACCGUUGGCUGGCACUGAGAGUGAUAAAGUAUGACGUUGCUCAUUGACACUAUAUUACUGGUAUUAAUGAAACUUUAUUUGCUUUAGCAUUAACAGAAUUAUAUAGAACACUGGACUGAAAUUGUAUUAUAGUACUAAAAUAUCAAAGCAAAAUAUUUUUGUAAUGAUUGAAAUUUUUUAAUGUUUUUAAGUAGGUUUUCUACAAAGAUAUUAUGCAUUUAUUAUUCUCUCCUUUAAACAUGAUUUAUAUAAAUAAUUAAUCCAGUUAUAAUUUAACUGAAGCUUUUUAUUAAAUUGUUGUUAAAUAUCAGUUUAGUUGUCUACAGCUACAGUAAAACUACAUUCAAACUAAGGAGAAUCUUUUUUUCUUUCUUUCUUGACUGUUUUUAUUCAUACACGUAAAUUUAAUUCUUAAACUUAAAAUACAAUAGUAUGUAAGUAAGCAUUAAUAUUUAAAAAUUAAUUCAAAUUAGUCAUAGUUUACUUAUUGUUUUUAUAAAAAUGAAUUGAUAUUAAAUACAUGACAGAAAAUUAAGAAUCAAUGCUUUAUUAAAUUAUAUACAUAUUUACGUUAUAAUAGUUAACUAGUUUUAAAUUACCUAAAGAUUCUAUGUCAGUAUUAGUUAUAUCAUGUCUUUAGUUGUAAUCUUUUCACAUUGGUGAAUAAUGAAUAAUAUGUUUUGUUUCCAUGCUAA